ACCAGCGUGGAUGAUACAUUUUGCCUUUGAAAAGUGACAUAUCGAGGUUCAAGCGAGCGAGCAAGCAAACAUACGACAAUGCACGUGUCAGUGAUCCUCGGCGUAGUGUUGCUACAGGCGAUUUACGUGUCCGCCGGGCCACCUGACUGGAUCCCCGCGGAAAUGUUGGAGAUGGUUCAAGCUGACAAGGAACGGUGCAUGGCCGAACACGGAACGUCUCAAGUGCUUAUCGAUGAAGUUAACGAUGGGAAGCUCUCGAAUGACCGUGCUAUAACGUGCUACAUGAACUGCCUUCUCGAUGCCUUCAGCUUGGUCGAUGAAGAGGGUGAUUUGGAAGUUGACAUGCUGAUAAGCGUUAUUCCAGAUCAAUUUCAAGAGAUAGGUAACAAAAUUUUGAACAAAUGCGCUAAGCAAGACGGCGCGGAUGCAUGCGAAAAAAUCUACGAAGUGGCGAAAUGCGUCCAAGGAACUGUACCAGAGUUGUGGUUUAUGGUUUAAUUCGACACAUGGGAGAAGAGUUUGCUCCACAAGCACAUGCGACGAUGUUCUCCAAUAUAUCCCACGUUACAAAGUAAAACAAUUCGCUCGCGGAGAAUAAUAAAGAACAAAGAAGUAGCAUAUAGGGAUAUACGAAUUACGUAAAUUUCAAAAAUGUGAUUUGUAUAAUAAUAAUAGUAAGUAAUUAUUAUGAACACGCUGU